AUGCAAAAGAAUACAAGACAAGAAACAUAUAAAAUCGUUAAGGCUUGCCCCCCUAAAAGGCAAGGCGAGCUUAACUUUAGCAUCAAUUUAGGUGUUUUUACCUGCUCUGAAUGCGAAAAAGAGUUUGAAAAGCCUUGGUUACUGAAAAGGCAUUCGAAGGUUCACCAUAUAAGUAAUCAAAUGGCAACCAAUACUGUACUCGACGAACCUGAGCAGGCCGAAUUGAUAGUCAAGAACACUAUUCCGGAUGCUAAUGCAUUUGAUUACUCGAGUGAUGAAGAUGACUCCUCCAGUAUUGGGGAUGAAGAAGACAACAUUGUAGAUGAGGAAAACGAUAUUGUCAAUAAUUUCUUUGAUAUUGAAAUGAACAGUAAUCCAGUUUUCAACGUGUUCUCUGACAUGUUUUCUUCUGCUGCUGCUGCUGAUGAGGUAUCAAUGACUGAUGAUGACUCUGAGAUCCCAGAAGAAGUCUUUGAGACAAUUGGCACUGUAAAUAACCCUACAAGCUGUUAUCCUUUUCGCGAUCUUCAAACCAUGAUCCUUUUCACUUUUAUUGAUGGGGAUAAUGACAUGAUCUCCCAGCAAAUGUUGAAGAAGAUACUGCUUGCAAUGAACUUGAUCAUUAAGAUCCAGCAAGAAACUCCCAUAGGAAGAACAUUUAAGUUACCUCGUUUGGAUGCUCUUUUAAAUUAUCAGGCAAGAAAGAAGUCCAAGAUUCCUAUCUUUCCUUCACAAAGAAUAUCAGUACCUGGAUCAAAUGGGAAUGCAUUCGCCCACAUUAACCUUCUGUCCAACCACUUGAGAUUUCUUAUGGCAAACCCAAAGAAAUCCAAGUUGAUCUCGUCCAUGCCCAAUUGUACCCCAAACCAAUCGAUCUGUUUAGAACAAGAUGUCUGGUUUGGAAACAUCGUUUACUUGAAGACAAACAAUUGCAGCAUCCGCUUUUUGAUUGAAUCGUUCCACAUGGCAAAUAAAAACAUUUUUGCGAGAGGUUAUCUGGUCAGAGCGAUUUCGAUUGUAUGCUAUGGCAUUGAGGUUGCUGUUACCAAUCUUAGAGUAGAGCAGAUCUCUCACGUUGACACCACCCCUGUUGAAAGAGAUCACUACUACAGUAUCUCAAGUAGCCUUACCAGAUUGAGUCCUGCUCAUGACUUUCUUCUUUUUGGAGUUCAUCCAAUGAAGAAGCCUAUGCCUCUUUCUGUUUUGCCUGACGACACUUCCGGCAAUCGUUCAAAGCAAUACAAUCUGUUAGAAAGCUGGUUAAUGAGAUGCGCUGCCUUGCCUUUUAAGGAUCGAAAUUCAAUAGCAAACAUCCAGUUUCUUUCUACAAUCCCUAAGAAAGAUGGUGCAAAUGGUAUGUCUCUUCUGCCAGCAAUUGUUGAUGACUUUGAGAAACUCGAGAAAGGUGUAAAAAUGUUCUCUGUUGAAGACAAUGAGUAUGUUCUGGUUGUUGCUCCCAUCCUUUGGAUUGAGGCUGACAUGCCAUGUCAUUCAGAACUUUGUGGAUUGCUUGGGCCGGCCACCACAUUUCCUUGCAUAAGAUGCUACAUCGAACUUAGACGUGCAAAAGUCUUUGUGAAGGACUUGUCCUACUUCUGUGAGUGCCAUGAGAGACGAACUCAAGAGCACUAUGUUCUUGCAAACUCGUCACCUGGCAGAGACACUGAGAUCCCAAAUGCUCUGAAAAUUGGAAUGAACACGCCUGCAAACAAGAUAAGCUUUAGAGAUCGUUUGACUGGCCGCUUAUUAGAAUUGCAGUCGUUUGAUCCAGAAAAGGAUACACCAGUGGAAAUCCUUCACACAAUACUUCUUGAUGUUGCAAAGUAUAUGGUGAUUGACUUGGUUAAGGUCGUGCUUAAGAAUGACACAGUCACAAUAGCAAGACUUUCAGAAUUCUUGACAGAUUACACGCGAUCAACUGGUCUAUCAAGAAAGUUCACCCGAAACUUGAGACAUAGUGGUUCAUUUCUUGGUAGAGAUUUCAAGGUUCUGCUUCAAAUACUUCCUGUAAUUCUGAUUACAGAAUUCACUGGAAAUCAUGAGCUAGACCUUGUAAUACCAUGCUUUGUUGAACUUGGUCGAUUGUGUUCUCUGGUAUUUGUUCGUCAGGUGACAUCAGACUUUGAUAACUAUAUUAUCAGAGUAGAUAAUGCAGAAGAUAUAAUUCGUUUUGGCCCAGCCCUCAAUUAUGAAACAGAAAAGGGCGAACAGUUAAAUAAGCACAUUCACAAACAUCUGUUUCAUAUGAAUUGCCAAACCACUUCCAGGGAUGUUUGCCUAAAGUUUGCAAAGCAGAAGUCUGGAACUGGAAUAGAGAGGUUCAUUAAGGACAACAAUGAAUUCUUGUUCUAUUACACCUUCUUUGGCGGCUCGAGAGAGCUAAAGGACAACAACGACACUGGAGAUAUUGAAGAUGAUGCCAUCAAAAACAACAGUUUUGGCACAUUUGUUUUUAAAGAUAAUUCAAUCUCUCACCCUCGUAUAGGGCUUGUCUCAGGCUCUGUUGUUAAGUUUCUUAGCAUUGUUCCUCAUACAGAUAAUGACAGAAACAAUAACUAUGCCAAGGCUGUAAUGACAGGUGAGCAUUCUGAUGUUGCUAACAUGAAUCUCGUUUGUAAGUUAGAUUUGCACAUUUUCUGCAACUCAUUUUACAUUGUAAAUUUGAGCAAGUUUGGUUCCUACUGGUUCAUUUUCAAUAAUAUUCUUUUUGAUGAAUAA